CUCCUGUCUGCGUAUGUAACGGAGUGCCCCUAGCGGUAUGGCGUGAAGUUCCGUAGCCUUUACGCUGUUACGCUAAUCCCGUCCACCUAAUACAAAAUCCAUUGAGGUGCGCCCGCAGUUUUCCUAGUAUCGAUGGUGAAUAGUUGCUGCUGCGGCAACGGGAGGAGGAGCAGAAGCCGCGGAAGAAGAGAGCUAGCAGUGGUAGCUAGUACAGCGGAGGUUUGGGAUUCGGUUUUUACCUUUUUACUCUGACUUGCACAUACAGAGCUCCCUGAAACAGAGCGGGGUUGGGAAAAUAAAGUGAAAAUGGCGGCCGCGGCCUCGCCGGGCUCCUGCUCGUCCACCUCCUCAGACUGGGUUGUGCUGAGAGACGGUUGCCUGCGUUGCGACGAGGAGGGCCUGCGAAGCCUCUCCUACCAUCCGGCCCUCAACGCUAUCCUGGCCGUCACAAGCCGGGGGAGUAUUAAAGUAAUCGACGGCACUUCUGGUGCCAUACUGCAGGCCUCGGCUUUGCACGCUAAACCCGGGGGACGUGUGAGGUGUCAGUACUUCCCGGCGGUGGACAAGGUCCUGUUUGUGGAUGACUACGCGGUGGGAUGUCGGAAGGACCUGAAUGGCAUCCUGCUUCUGGACACGGCGCUCCAGGCCCCGGUCUCCAAACCGGAGGACAUGGUCCAGCUGGAGCUGCCGGUUACCGAGGCCCAGCAGAUUCUCUCAGCAUGCCUGGAGAAAGUGGAUGUGUCCAACACCGAGGGAUACGACCUGUUCCUCACCCAGCUCAAAGAGGGCCUGAAGAAUACCUCACAUGAGACGGCCGCCAACCACAAAGUGGCCAAGUGGGCGACGGUGACUUUCCAUCUCCCGCACCACGUGAUCAAGGUGGUGGCCAGUGCCAUCGUGAACGAGCUGAAGAAGAUAAACCAGAACGUUGCUGCCUUGUCUGUGGCCUCGUCCAUCAUGGACAGGCUCUCCUACCUCUUACCGAGUGCCCGGCCUGAGUUGGGGGUGGGACCUGGACGCUCUGUAGAUAGAUCCUUGAUGUACAGUGAGGCAAACAGGAGAGAAACGUUCACGUCCUGGCCGCAUGCUGGCUACCGCUGGGCUCAGCCGGACCCCAUGGCCCAGGCGGGCUUCUACCACCAGCCUGCCUCCACGGGUGACGACCGCGCCAUGUGUUUCACCUGUAGUGUGUGCCUGGUGUGUUGGGAGCCCACUGAUGAGCCAUGGUCGGAGCACGAGCGACAUUCCCCCAACUGUCCAUUUGUCAAGGGCGAGCACACGCAGAACGUUCCGCUGUCAGUAACCCUGGCGACCAGCCCGGCACAGUUCCCCAGUCCGGACGGCUCGGACAAGAUUGCCUGCUAUGGCUUCGGCAGCUGCCCGCACUUCCUGGCUGCCGCCACCAAGAGGGGCAAGAUCUGCAUAUGGGACGUGUCCAAGCUGAUGAAGGUGCACUUGAAGUUUGAGAUCAACCCGUACGACCCGGUUAUUCUGCGCCAGCUCUUCCUGUCCAGCAGCGAGCAGGGCCUGGGCACAGAGUCCCGGAGGCCCACUCUGGCCUGGCUGGAGGACUCAUCCAGCUGCUCGGACCUGCCAAAACUUGAGGGGGACAGUGAUGAUCAGUUGGAGGACUCGGACAGUGAAGAGCAUUCCAGAUCGGAGUCAGUCACAGGUCACCCGUCUCAGAAGGAGAGCCUGGAGGUGAGCCUGGGGGUGACUGCGCUGAGCGUGCUGCAGCAGCCUGAGAAGCUGCAGUGGGAGGUGGUGGCCAGCGUGCUGGAGGACACCGUCAAGGACCUGGAGGAGCUGGGGGCCAACCCGGCGCUGCCGCAGGCCAAGGCCGACAAGGCCAAGGAGAAGCCGGCCGAGCAGCACAACAUUCCCUUCCCCUGCCUGCUGACGGGCGGUCUGCUCAGCUACCGCUCGGCCGCCAGCUCGCCGCUCACCGGGGGCCCGUCCUCGGGCCCCGCGCGACGACCACCUCCCCCUUCCUCCACCGCCGACGGACCCUUAAGGACUCAGGUCCCUGAGGCCACCCCCCUGGUGGUCGUGGCCCCCGACCAGGGUCCCAUGGAGAUCGAGACCUGCCACCCGGCCCCCGAGCUGGGCUCCCCCAGCCUCCCUGUCUCGCCCAUCCGCCGGACUAUCCCUGUGCUGCUCCUGUACAGCAUCAAGGAGGCGGACGAGAAGGUGAACGGCAAGGUGUUUGCGCAGAUGAACAACCUGAUGGGCAAGAGCCUGCACGAGGAAGGCUUCAGCGUGCCGCAGAUCAUCGAGAUGGAGUUCGACUCGCACGAGCAGCUGCUCCUGCAAGACCCGCCCAUCACCUACAUCCAGCAGUUCGCCGACGCCACUGCCCCGUGGCCGCCCACCGGCAGCGUCGGCGGCAACAGCGGCAUCGGCCCGCCCGACGCGCCUGAAAAGUGGGGUCCGCUGGCGCCCCCGAGGCCCGGCGCCCUGGUCCAGUGCCUGCGGCUUCCCAAAGAGCUGGAGGACGAGAACCUGUACGUGGACUCCAUCACGCCGUGCAGCGACGGCCUGCACCUGCUGGUGGGCCUGCAGCCCUGCUCGGUGGAGUCGCUCAGCGCCAUCAACCAGGUGGAGGCGCUCAACAACCUCAACCGCCUGCACUCGGCCCUCUGCAGUCGCGGCCGCAAGGACGAGCUCCAGGCGCUGCCCACGCUGGCCAACGGCCAUGAGGGCGGCCACGCGCCAGGCACCUCGCCCCAGCAGACGCCCCUCAUUCUGCCCCCCGACCAGCAGCAGCAGCAGCAGCAGCCCUCGUCCCGGGCGUUCGGGGGCAGUAUUGGCAGCGGUGGCGGCGGUGGCGGCUACCUGGUGCUGUACAAGCUGAACUACUCUACGCGCAUCGUGACGCUGGAGGAGGAGCCGGUGAAGGUGCAGCACAUCCGCGACCCGCGCGACGCCGUCACCUCGCUCAUCCUGCUGCCCGCCGACGUGCUGGACGGCCGCGAGGAAGACGGCGAGGACGCCUCGGAGGACACUCCGCCACCCGGCCUCAAGAACGGCCCGUGGCGCCGGAACGCCCGCCCGGACCUACCGCCCGGCGGGCGCCACGCACCAACACCAACGCCUCGCCCGUCCACGGCCAAGGAGAAGCUGGUGGUGACCACGCAAGCCGGCUACAUCAUGGUGCUAGACCUAGCCACGCUUGAGGUGCUGGCCAAGGUCGAGCCGCCCAUGAAAGAGGGCGGCGAUGAGGUGGACCCCUUCGUCUCCGUCACUUACUGCUCGGGGACUGACCGUCUGUGCGCCUGCACGAAAGGUGGAGAACUUCAUUUCCUUCAAAUUGGAGGUGUGUUUGACGAUAUAGAUGACGCCGACAUUUUUGUUGACGGCCCCCUUUCUAAAGGGGUUGACCAGCUGUUCGAAGGGACGAAGCCGUCCUCGAACCCCUCAAGCCCAGGGGUCACAGCGGGAGUUGACCUCCUGGUGGACCAAGUGCUGGGCGUGGAGAUGCUGUCGUCGCUGGUGGAGCUGACGCGCUUCGAGACGCUGACGCCGCGCUUCUCGGCCACGGUGCCGCCCUGCUGGGUGGAGGUGCAGCAGGAGCAGCAGCAGCGACGCCACCCUCAGCACCUGCACCAGCAGCACCACGGAGACGCCGCGCAACACACACGCACAUGGAAGCUGCAGAGCGACAGCUCCAGCUGGGACGAGCACGUGUUUGAGCUGGUGCUGCCCAAAGCGUGCAUGGUGGGCCACGUGGACUUCAAGUUUGUGAUGAACGCCAACAUUACCAACAUUCCACAGAUCCAGGUCACCCUACUGAAGAACAAGGCCCCAGGAUUAGGCAAGGUCAACGAGACAGCAGUGGACAGGCAGAUCACCUUCCCCCUGUCUCAGGCCCUGCACACCAAUGGCGAGAGGAAUGGCCAGCCUCUCCUACAUGACUUUGCAGAGGACAUCCAGUUCAUGGAUAUCGAGGAAUCACCAGGUUCCAGGCUUUGUCCCUUUCUCGAGGACCAUAAGGAGGACAUCCUCUGCGGCCCUGUGUGGUUGGCCAGUGGCCUCGACCUCUCAGGCCAUGCUGGGAUGUUGAGCUUAACAAGUCCCAAGUUGGUCAAAGGUAUGGCAGGGGGAAAGUACCGCUCGUUCUUGGUCCACAUCAAGGCGGUGAGCGACAAAGGCAUGGAGGAGAACCCGCGGCCAGUUGUCCGGAUGCCUUCCAAGCCCCAGAGCAGUAAAGCCCAGUCCCUGUCCUCCCUGCUGCAGCGGGCCCAGGCCUCCAAGGAAAAAGCCUCCACAUCUAAAGUGGAGCCUCCACCAGCAUCAAAGAAACCGGAUAACCUGCGUGGCUGUGACCUCCUACAGGAAGUGUCAAUCACAAUCCGGAGGUUCAAAAAGACCUCCAUACCCAAAGAAAGAAUCCAGCGCUGUGCUAUGCUGCAGUUCCCAGAAUUCCAUGAGAAGCUGCUCAACAGCCUGUGUAAGCGCUCGGAGGAGACGGCCAGUACUGAGCACGCUCAGAGUCUCAUUCUGGAUAUCCUCUGCUGGCUGGCUGGGGUCUACUCUAACGGACCCUGCAGUCCCAGAGAGGGGAAGGAGGGCCUCCUCAUCAAGACCAGGAAGCGGCUCAUAGAUAUGGUCAGAGUCUGCUUCUUCCAGGCGGGCCGAAGCAUAGCCCACAAAUGCGCACGUUUUCUUGCACUUUGUAUUAGUAAUGGUAAAGGAGACCCUGGACAGCAGGGAUUUGGUAUGGCUCUGUUGAAGGCGCUGCUGGAGAAUAUGCCUUACUUACCCGCAGCAGCUACUGGUGGUGCAGUGUUCUGGUAUUUUGUGCUGCUGAACUAUGUAAAGGACGAGGACCUGGCGGGCUGCAGCACGUCGUGCGCUUCCCUGCUCACGGCCGUCUCUCGGCAGCUGCAGGACCGCCUCACCCCCCUGGAGGCUCUGCUGCAGACCCGGUAUGGGCUGUACAGCUCCCCCUUCGACCCUGUGCUCUUUGACCUGGAGGUGAGCGGCUCCUCCUGUAAGAAUGCCUUCAACAGCAGCAUUGGAGUCCAGUCUGAUGAGAUCGACCUCUCCGACAUUCUCUCAGGGAACGGUAAGGUGAGCAACUGUGCGGCCGCAGAGGGCAGCUUCACGGCCCUGACCGGGCUCCUGGAGGUGGAGCCUCUGCACUUCACUUGCGUCUCCACGAGUGACGGUACCAGGGUGGAGAGGGACGACGCGAGUAUGUUCACCGUGAGCACGUUUGGGGUGACCCCCACAGUGGGCGGCCUGUCGGCGGGGUCGGUAGGCGAGGCGUCGACGGCGCUGAGCUCGGCGGCCCAAGUGGCGCUGCAGUCGCUGUCCCACGCCAUGGUGUCGGCCGAGCAGCAGCUCCAGGUGCUGCAGGAGAAACAGCAGCAACUUCUCAAGCUACAGCAACAGAAAGCCAAGCUGGAGGCCAAGCUGCACCAGACCACCUCGGCAGCGGCGGCCGCGUCCGGCGUGGGGCCCAUCCACAACUCCGUGCCUUCCAACCCCUCGGCCUCCAGCGCGCCGGGCUUCUUCAUCCACCCCUCCGAUGUCAUCCCGCCCACGCCAAAGACCACGCCGCUCUUUAUGACGCCCCCCCUGACGCCGCCCAACGAGGCCGUGUCGGCGGCCAUCAGCGUGGAGCUGGCCCAGCUCUUCCCCGGCUCCAUCAUGGACCCGCCCGCCGUCAACCUCGCCGCGCACAACAAGAACUCCCAGAAGGCCAAGCCGCAUCCUAUGGGCAGUGGGCUGGCGUUAGCCAUCUCUCAGGCCUCCCACUUUCUGCAGCCUCCCCCUCACCAGUCCAUCAUCAUAGAGCGCAUGCACUCAGGUGCGCGGAGGUUUGUGACGUUAGACUUCGGGCGGCCGGUGCUCCUGACGGACGCACUGAUCCCCACCUGCGGCGACCUGGCUUCGCUGUCCAUCGACAUCUGGACACUGGGCGAGGAGGUGGAUGGCCGGCGGCUGGUUGUGGCUACCGACAUCAGCACACACUCCCUCAUCCUGCAUGACCUGCUGCCCCCGCCUGUCUGCCGCUUCAUGAAGAUCACUGUGAUUGGCCGCUAUGGCAGCACCAAUGCAAGGGCCAAGAUCCCACUGGGCUUUUAUUACGGCCACACUUACAUCCUGCCGUGGGAGAGCGAGCUGAAACUGAUGCACGACCCCCUGCGGGGCGAGAGUGAGGCGGCCAGCCAGCCUGACGUGGACCAGCACCUGGCCAUGAUGGUGGCCCUGCAGGAGGAUAUCCAGUGCAGGUACAACCUGGCCUGCCACCGCCUGGAGACCCUGCUGCAGAGCAUCGACCUGCCGCCGCUCAACAGCGCCAACAACGCCCAGUACUUCCUGCGCAAGCCCGACAAGGCGGUGGAGGAGGACCAGCGCGUCUUCUCCGCCUACCAGGACUGCGUGCAGCUCCAGCUGCAGCUCAACCUGGCGCACCACGCCGUGCAGCGGCUGCGCGUCUCGCUCGGCGCCGGCCGCAAGGUGCUGCCCGACGCCUGCGACACCCGCGAGCUCGUCCACGGCUCGUCCACCGAGCAGCUGCGCACGGUCAUCCGCUACCUGCUGGACACACUCCUCAGCCUGCUGCACACCUCCAACGGACACUCGGUUCCCUCGGUUCUGCAGAGCACGUUCCACGCGCAGGCGUGCGAGGAGCUGUUCAAGCACCUGUGCAUCAGCGGCACGCCCAAGAUCCGUCUGCACACGGGGCUGCUGCUGGUGCAGCUGUGUGGGGGGGAGCGCUGGUGGGGCCAGUUCCUCUCCAACGUGCUCCAGGAGCUCUACAACUCCGAGCAGCUGCUCAUCUUCCCCCAGGACAGGGUGUUCAUGCUCCUGUCCUGUAUCGGCCAAAGAUCUCUGAGCAACAGCGGCGUCCUGGAGGGGCUCCUCAACCUGCUGGACUCGCUGCUCUCCCCCCUGCAGCAGUCCUCAGGCCACCAGCCCCGACGCACAGAAGGUGUGCUGGAUAUCCCCAUGAUCAGCUGGGUGGUGAUGCUGGUGUCCAGGCUGCUGGACUACGUGGCCAGCGUUGAGGAUGAGGCCAGCGCCUCCAAGAAGCAGCUGGGAGGGAAGGACCGGGAGAGGUCCUUCACAGGAAACCAGUGGAGCUUCAUCAACAACAGCCUACAGUCCCAGAACAUGAGCCGAUCAACCAAAGGCAACAGCAGCUUAGACCGCCUGUACUCCCGCAAGGUCCGCAAACAGCUGGUCCACACCAAACAGCAGUUAAAUUUGUUGAAAGCCAAACAGAAAGCUUUGAUGGAGCAAAUCGAGAAGGAGAAGAUCCAGAGCAACAAGAGCUCCUCGUACAAGCUCCUGGUCGAGCACGCCAAGCUCAAGCAAGCCACGUCUAAGGUGUUGGCGAGGAUAGCGAACGCCACGCGGCCCACCAUCCACCUGUGUGAGGUGGUGUCGGAGCAGCAACUGGAGAGGCUGCUGCUGCUGCUGGUGGGCACGGACUUCAACCGUGGGGACAUCUCCUGGGGCGGCGCCUGGGCCCAGUACUCCCUCACUUGCAUGCUGCAGGACAUCCUAGCAGGAGAGCUGCUGUCCCCCGCGUCCCUGGAGGGCAUGGAUGACGGGGCGGCCAUGGGGGAGGAGGCGGGCGCGGCGGCAGCGUGUGGCGGCGCCGCUGCGGCAUGCGCGGGAGCCUCGCCCGAGCCCGAGGAGGCCCUGGCCCAGCCCUCGCCCCUCCCCCUGGUGGAGAGCAUCGACGAGGCCCUGGCACCCGAUAUCAUCGCAGGUACUCCCGGGAGCUCGUCCUCGGUUUUCCAAAGUGCUCCACCUCUGUCAUCUUUGGAAAAAGAUAAAGACAUAGACUUUGACUUGCUACAAGACCUCAUGGAUGUUGAUAUUGAUCCUUUAGAUAUUGAUUUGGAAAAAGACCCCCUCGCCGCCAAAGUUUUUAAGCCAAUUGGCAGCACCUGGUAUGACUACUGGGGCGCUGACUAUGGCACCUAUAACUAUAAUGCCUAUGUAGGGGGCGCAGGCAUACCUGUGUCCAAGCCUCCGGCUCCUGCUGAGAAGCCCGGGGCCCAAAGCCUGUCAGUGUCUGUCUCACAAGCUCUAGAUGCGCGUCUAGAGGUGGGUCUGGAGCAGCAGGCGGAGCUCAUGCUGAAGAUGAUGGCCACUCUGGAGGCCGACUCCAUCCUGCAGGCUCUCACCUCCACCUCCCCCACCGUGGUCCAGUCCUCAAAUGGGACGGACGACUCCUUGCUGCGGGGGCUGCACAGCUCCCCACCUGGCAGCAGUCUUAUGGUGCAGCCUUCCUCCAUCCCCAUGCUGAGUGCCUGCUUCAACAAGCUCUUCUCCAUGCUGCAGGUGCACCAUGUCCAGCUGGAAUCUCUGCUGCAGCUCUGGCUGACCCUCAGCCUAAACUCAUGUCCAGGUGCCGCAGACGACAACGGCUCAGACAUCUUCCUGUUCAACGCCAGCCGGGUGCCCACCAUUCCCCUCAACCAAGCCUCCAUUAGUAGUUUCCUCACAGUACUGGCGUGGUAUCCCAACACCUCCCUGAGGACCUGGUGUCUGGUGCUGCACAGCCUCACGCUCAUGACCAACAUGCCCUCCAGUGCCUCCAGCAGUGGGAUGGGCGGCCACGAGAGCACGGCCCAGCAGAUGGUGUCAGAGCUCACGCUUGUCCCCGUCCUUGUGCGCUUCCUGUCGGGGAGCAACCCUCACGGCACCAGCCAGCACAGCUCCCAGGUGGGGCCCACUGCUACCCAAGCUAUGCAAGAGUUCCUGACCAGGCUCCAAGUGCACCUUUCCUCCACCUGUCCCCAAAUGUUUAGCGAGUUCCUGCUUGAGCUGAUGCAUAUUCUAUCAAUGGAGAGGGGACCCUUCCUGUCAGGCCAGGGUCCACUGGACGCCCAGGUCAAGCUGCUGGAGUUCACCCUGGAGCAGAGCUUCGAGUCGGUGUCCGUGGGCACCAUCAUGGCCGUCAUCGAGUCUAUCACCUUCCUGGUGCACCACUACAUCACCUGCUCCGACAAGGUGGUGUCGCGCAGCGGCUCGGACAGCUCGGUGGGCGCGCGCGCCUGCUUCGGCGGCCUCUUCGCCAACAUCAUCCGGCCCGGCGACGCCAAGGCCGUGUGUGGUGAGACCACGCGCGACCAGCUCAUGUUCAACCUGCUCAAGCUGGUCAACACGCUGGUCAAGCUGCCGCUCACCGCCGACGGCAAGUUCAGCGGCCGCGUGCAGCCCGUGGGAAACAGCUCCAGCGACAGCGUCUCGGACGAGGAGAAGGUGUGCGGGAGCAAGGAGGGGGCCGGACCGGGCGGAGCAGCCCCACACCAGGGCCCUGCCGUCGGGGUGGCAGACCUGGUACUGGGCAACCAGCAGGUCAUGAGCCAGAUCCUCUCGGCUCUGGGCCAAUGCAACAGCAGUGCUAUGGCCAUGAUUAUAGGAGCGAGUGGCCUCCACCUGACCAAGCACGAGAACUUCCACGGCGGUCUGGACGCCAUCUCUGUGGGCGAUGGCCUCUUCACCAUCCUCACCACCCUGAGCAAGCGGGCCACCUCCGUGCAGGUUAUGCUGCAGCCCAUCCUCACCUACAUGGCCUGCGGCUACAUGGGCCGACAGGGUUCUCUGUCCACUUGUCAGCUGUCUGAGCCUCUACUUUGGUUCAUUCUGAGAGUGUUGGACACCAGUGAAGCACUCAAGGCCUUCCAUGACAUGGGUGGAGUGCAGCUCAUCUGCAACAACAUGGUGACGAGUACGCGGGCCAUCGUGAACACGGCGCGCAGCAUGGUCUCCACCAUCAUGAAGUUCCUGGACUCCGGCCCUGGCAAGACAGCCGACGGCAGCCUCAAGGCCCGUGUCCUGGCCUCAGAGCCGGACAAUGCAGAGGGCCUGCACAACUUCGCUCCACUUGGCACCAUAACCUCCAGCAGCCCCACUGCCCAGCCGGCUGAGGUGCUACUUCAGGCCACACCCCCUCACCGCCGGGCGCGCUCAGCGGCCUGGUCCUACAUUUUCCUGCCGGAGGAGGCCUGGUGUGACCUCACCAUCCACCUACCGGCCGCUGUGCUGCUCAAAGAGGUCCACAUCCAGCCGCACCUAGCCUCGCUAGCCACCUGCCCAUCGUCGGUGUCUGUGGAGAUCAGCGCGGACGGUGUCAACAUGCUCCCGCUGUCCACACCGGUCAUCACCAGCGGCCUGACCUACAUCAAGAUCCAGCUGGUGAAGGCGGAGGUGGCGUCGGCCGUGUGCCUGCGGCUACACCGGCCGCGGGACGCCAGUACCCUCGGCCUGUCCCAGAUCAAGCUGCUCGGCCUCACAGCCUUCGGCAACACCUCCUCCGCUACGGUCAACAAUCCCUUCCUGCCCUCCGAGGACCAGGUGUCCAAGACCAGUAUUGGCUGGCUGCGUCUGCUGCACCACUGCCUGACGCACGUGAGUGACCUGGAGGCUCUGAUGGCCAGUGCGGCCGCCCCCACGGCCAACCUGCUGCAGACGUGCGCCGCGUUACUCAUGUCGCCCUACUGCGGCAUGCACUCACCCAACAUCGAGGCCGUGCUGGUCAAAAUCGGCCUGCAGUCCACCACCAUCGGCCUCAAGCUCAUCGACAUCCUGCUGCGCAACUGCGCCGCCUCUGGCACAGACCCCAAUAAUCUGAACAGCCCCCUGCUCUUUGGGAGGCUCAACGGCCUCUCAUCCGACUCCACCAUCGACAUCCUCUACCAGCUGGGUACCACUCAGGACCCUGGCACCAAAGACAGGGUUCAGGCGUUGCUGCAGUGGGUGCACGAUUCCGCCUGCGUGGCGGCCAUGAAGAGAAGCGCUCCGCUGGGCUACAUGGGCCCGAGCGCCUCCUCGCCCCGCGAGUACGGCCUGCUCAUGCCCUCGCCCUCACACCUCCACUGCGUGGCGGCCAUCUUGUGGCACAGCUACGAGCUGCCGGUGGACUACGACCUGCCUGCGCUGCUCAACCGAGAGCUCUUUGAGCUGUUGUAUAACUGGUCCAUGUCGCUGGCCUGUAACAUGGUUCUGAAGAAGGCGGUGGACAGCCUGCUGUGCUCCAUGUGCCACAUUCACCCCAGCUACUUCUCUCUGCUCAUGUCCUGGAUGGGCAUUGUGCCCACGCCGGCCGCCCAAUCGCAGUCCCAGUCGCGCCACCGCCUCUCCCUCACCGACGACGGCAAGAAGCAGCACGACGCGGCGGCCGCCGCCACCAGCUCGGCGUCCGGCGGCGGGGGCCUGACGGACGACUCCAAGCACGCUCGCUCCCCGCCCGCCCUGUCCGAGUCGCAGCUGGCCACCCUGGCUGCCGCGUCCCAGUCGCCGGGCGCCAUCCAGCAGCUGCUGGACUCGGGUCUGCCCUCACUCCUGGUGCGCAGCCUGGCCGGCCUCUGCUGCAACUUGCUGGCCAGCGCCAACCUCCCCUUGCCUGGCUCCGCCUCGUCCGCUGCCGCGGCAGCCGCCUCGUCCUCCUCUUCACCGUCCGAGCGACGGCAUCAGCAUCACUACCACCACAGCUAUCACAACCUCCCCUCCACCUCCUCCUCCUCCUCCUCCUCCUCAUCGCCGCCGCCGGUGAGCCGUGCCACGCUCUCCCCGGAGCUGGCGGCGCCAGUGCUGCGCUUCCUGACGGAAGUGGGCAACAGCCACGCCAUGAAGGACUGGCUAGGCGGCCCAGAGGUCAACCCGCUGUGGACAGCGCUGCUCUUCCUGCUGUGCCACUCCAGCGCCAGUGCUGGAACCAGCACCAGCAACAACACCAACAACGGCGGCAGCAGCAGCAGUAACGGCCGGGCAACAUGUGGGGCGUCGGCAUCAGCAGCCGGGGGGUCCACAGCCGGUCCCUCUUCAUCAUUAUCGUCCCCCUCUUCCUCUGCCGGACCCUCUGUCCCCCCUCCCUCCUCCCCAGUGCAGGCCUCCGGCUCACGGUACUCUCUGGGCACGAGCGGCCGGGCAGGUGGACUCACCACUCAGCAGCGGACCAGCAUCGAGAACGCCACAGUGGCCUUCUUCCUGCAGUGCAUUUCCUGCCACCCCAACAACCAGCGCCUCAUGGCACAGGUCCUGUGUGAGCUUUUCCAGUCGGCUCCUCAGCGCGGGAACGUGCCCAUCUCUGGCAACAUCUCGGGCUUCAUCCGCAGGCUCUUCCUGCAGCUCAUGCUGGAGGACGAGAAGGUCACAGUCUUCCUGCAGUCGCCCUGUCCGCUGUAUAAGGGACGCAUUAAUGCCACCAGUCAUGUGAUCCAGCACCCCAUGUAUGGGGCAGGGCACAAGUACCGCACCCUUCACUUGCCCAUCUCCACCACCCUGGCCGACGUCCUAGACCGAGUCUCAGACACUCCCAGCAUCACAGCCAAGCUGAUCAGUGAGCAGAAGGAGGACAAGGAGAAGAAGAACCACGAGGAGAAGGAGAAGAUGAAGACCGACAACGGUUUCCAGGACAACUACAGUGUUGUCGUAGCCUCAGGCCUGAAGUCUCAGUCCAAGAGGGCCCUGUCCACCCCUCCACGGCCUCCGUCUCGACGAGGUCGGGUGAUGAGUGACAAGCUGUCUGCCUCCUCUGGCGUUGACCCUGCUGCCAAAACCGUCAGUGUGCCUGUCUUCCACCUCUACCACAAGCUGCUCCCAGGUCAACCUCUGCCUGGAGAGAUGACCCUGGCCCAGCUGCUGACCCUGCUGUACGAUCGCAAGCUGCCCCAGGGCUACCGCUCCAUCGACAUGACUGUCAAGCUGGGCUCCAAGCUCAUCGCUGACCCGGGCCUGUCCAAGACCGAUUCCUUCAAGCGCCUACGCACAGAGAAAGAACACAGUGAGAUGCUGAGCAGCUGUCCCGAGGACGAGCCCAUGACUCCGGGCGAGGAGUGUCUGGACGCAGCCAUCGACGAGUCCCUGCUGGAGACCAACCCCAUCCAGUCCCCCCUGCAGGUGUUCGCCGGCAUGGGCGGCCUGGCCCUGAUCGCCGAGAGGCUGCCCAUGCUCUACCCCGACGUCAUCCAGCAGGUGAGCGCUCCAGUGGUGGCCUCCAGCACCCAGGAGAAGCCCAAGGACAGCGACCAGUUUGAGUGGGUGACCAUCGAGCAGUCGGGCGAGCUGGUCUACGAGGCGCCCGAGACCAUCGCCGCCGAGCCGCCGCCCAUCAAGUCGCCGGUGCAGACCAUGUCGCCCAUCCCGGCCCACUCGCUGGCCGCUUUCGGCCUCUUCCUGCGCCUGCCUGGCUACGCCGAGGUGCUGCUCAAGGAGCGCAAGCACGCCCAGUGCCUGCUGCGCCUCGUGCUGGGAGUGACGGACGACGGAGAGGGCAGCCAUAUCCUGCAGUCUCCCUCAGCUAACGUGUUGCCCACGCUGCCCUUCCACGUGCUGCGCGCCCUCUUCAGCUCCACGCCGCUGACCACCGACGACGGGCUACUGCUGCGCCGCAUGGCCCUGGAGAUCGGCGCCAUCCACCUCAUCCUGGCCUGCCUGUCCGCCCUCAGCCACCACGCCCCGCGUGUGCCCAGCACCAAUGGCAACCAGAACGAGCCGCAGGUGGUGUCGGGCCACGGCGGCGGCACCAGUGAGGAGCAGCAGCUGUACUGGGCCAAGGGCACGGGUUUCGGCACCGGCUCCACCGCCUCGGGCUGGGACGUGGAGCAGGCCCUCACCAAGCAGCGCCUGGAGGAGGAGCACGUCACCUGCCUACUGCAGGUUCUGGCCAGCUACAUCAACCCAGCCGGCUGCCUGAACCACGGCGAGGCCCCCAGCAGUGAGAGCCGGGGCCACAACAGCACCGCUCUCCCCUCGGUGCUGCAGGAGCUGCUCAGCCAGUCCUGCCUCAUCCCCGCCAUGUCCUCCUACCUGCGCAACGACUCCGUGCUGGACAUGGCUCGUCACGUGCCGCUGUACCGGGCGCUGCUGGAGCUGCUGCGGGCCAUCUCCACCUGCACAGCGCUGGUGCCGCUGCUGCUGCCGCUGUCGGGCGACCCGGGCCAGGAGGAGGACGAGGAGGAGCGCUCCGAGGGACAGACCUCUGUGGGCAUGCUGCUGGCCAAGAUGAAGACCUGCGUGGACACGUACACCAACCGCCUCAGGUCGAAAAAAGACAAGAGCAAAGGAGUGGUGAAGGCCGAGCCGUCGGACCCCGAGCCGGAGGGCCUGACCCUACUGGUGCCCGACAUCCAGAGGACAGCCGAGAUCGUCUACGCCGCCACCACCAGCCUGCGGCAGGCCAACCAAGAAAAGAAGCUGGCCGAGUCCUCUAAGAAGACGUCCACCAGGCCCAAGCCCCUGUCCAUUCUGCGCUCUCUGGAGGAGAAGUAUGUGGCGGCCAUGAAGAAGCUCCAGUUUGACACAUUUGAGAUGGUGUCGGAGGACGAGGAUGGCAAGCUGGUGUUUAAGGUGAACUACCACUACAUGUCUCAGGUGAAGAAUGCCAGCGAUGCCAACAGUGCCGCGCGGGCACGCCGGCUGGCCCAGGAGGCCGUCACCCUGUCCACCUCGCUGCCCCUCUCCUCUUCCUCCUCAGUCUUCGUCCGCUGUGACGAGGAGCGCCUCGACAUCAUGAAGGUCCUGAUUACUGGUCCGGCAGACACCCCAUAUGCAAACGGCUGCUUUGAGUUUGACGUGUACUUCCCCCAGGACUACCCCAACUCGCCCCCUCUGGUCAACCUGGAGACCACCGGGGGACACAGUGUGCGCUUUAACCCCAACCUCUACAACGACGGCAAAGUGUGUUUAAGUAUCCUGAACACUUGGCAUGGUCGACCAGAGGAGAAGUGGAACCCGCAAACCUCUAGCUUUUUACAGGUGCUAGUGUCUGUUCAGUCUCUGAUCCUGGUGGCAGAGCCAUACUUUAACGAGCCUGGCUACGAGCGCUCGAGGGGAACGCCCAGUGGCACACAAAGCUCCCGCGAGUACGACGGAAACAUCCGGCAAGCCACCGUCAAGUGGGCCAUGCUGGAACAGAUGAGGAACCCCUCUCCCUGCUUCAAGGAGGUGAUCCAUAAGCACUUUUACCUGAAGCGUGCCGAGAUCAUGGCCCAGUGUGAGGAGUGGAUCACAGACAUCCAGCAGUACAGCAGCGACAAGAGAGUGGGCCGCACCAUGUCCCACCACGCUGCAGCUCUCAAGAGGCACACAGCACAGCUGAGGGAGGAACUGCUGAAGCUGCCCUGCCCAGACGGCCUGGAGCCUGACGGGGAGGAGUUCUCCGAGAAAACCUCCGCCCUCAUGGUCAAGGAGCUACCCAAUCAGGACGGGGAGAAGCCGGGCGGCAGCCAGGACGCUCACUGCAGCGAGGGACAGUUAUGAGGCUCUCGAUCUCGAAAGCUUCCUCCUGUCGGUGCCAGCCCCACCGCCCUACCCUUGCCCAUUCUUCCUCCUCCUCUUCCUCCUCACACGACUAUUACCAUUGAUAUUAAAUAGACUGUUCAUGGCAGUGAAAGCCUGGAUUUUGUCAAUAUUUGUAUGUAAGAAUCUAAUUAUGUAAUCGCUGAAAAAAAAAAAACCCACAGAGGACGACCUGCAAAGCAUCCAAGCUGAGACCAGAGGGAAAAAAACAAUCUGCUUCUAAACCCCCGGAGAUGACACAGAACUAUGCUUCAGUAUCCCCAUACAAGAAAAAGAAAAAACAAGGCGCCACAUACAAACGAGCUUUUAUUUACGUGUAAAAGAGUGUAAACUUUUAUGUGUUUUUUUUUUUUUUUUUUUUGUUUUGUUUCUUUAUUAUUAUUUGUUUUUCAAUUGUGAAAUAACCACUGACUGGUAUGUUAUUAAACUUGUUUAUGUAUACAUAAUGACCGAGGAAAUCAGAGUAUAUGAGGGAACUACCUUUAGAUGAGAAUGUUUACUGAAUGUUCAUUUCCAUUUGUUUUAUUGGUUUCUUUCUUUUUCUUUUCUUUUUUUCCCUUUUUGUUUUGUUUUCCUGACUUAGCAAGGACGGUAACCAAGGAUAUAUUGGUCAUUUGCGAUACUAUUUAAAAAAAAGAAAAAAAAGGAAGAUCUAUAAAACACACACCCAACACUUCCUCUCCCCUCAGACGUUUGAGGAUUCUUCUGAUUUCCCCAUUGACAUCGCUUAUUUGGUUUAUACAGAAAACCUGUAAACUUCAAUAAAGGCUGAAAUGGAUAUUCUUAACCGCUAUGAUCACUUGUCGCCCUCUCACUUGCUGGUAAGAGACCAGCGUCAUGCUUUAACUCCCCUUUUUAAUUGCUCACUAACUUUCAAUGCAAGUUUAAUAAAUGCAAUCUAUUCUACUUUGCACACAUA